CGGAAACAGGCUUAGGGAGCCCGUGGCGAAUUGUUAACUUGAUCUAGGUCCGGGCUUGACGCCGCUAUAUUUAAUCGCCUGGGAGCAGUUGAUCUGUUUGGAUCGAAACCCACUCAGCAAAUACUAUAACCUCACAAUGGGUGUCUCGCCGACCGAGCAAAAUGUGAAUGACGAUGUGGAGUCAAAUUCUCAACCGGAAGAAAUCGAUCGCAAAGUAGAGAAAUCUCUGUUGCGACGACUAGACAUUGUUCUACUUCCUACACUUGCUCUCCUUUACUUAACGCAUACUCUCGACCGGGCGAACCUCGGAAACGCAAAGAGUGGCACUCUCGAAGCGGAUCUCAAUCUGCACGGCAACCAGUACUCCCUCGUUCUCAUCCUUUUUUACAUCCCAUAUGCGCUUUUCAAUAUCCCCGCGACCGUGCUUUCGAAGCGACUCAAUGCAGCUGUUAUCAUUCCCAUCCUCGUCAUUGGCUGGGGCAGCUUGGCUAUGAUCACAGCAGCAGUCAAGAAUUUCGGUAGUUUAUUGGCUUGCCGAGUCAUCUUGGGCAUGAUGGAGGCGGGUUUUAUUCCUUGUGCAACCUUCUAUUGCACGCUUUUCUAUACAAGGAAGGAGCUUGGGUUGCGCCUGUCCCUUUUCCUGAUGAUGGGUUUCAUUGCUGGCGCUAUAAGUGGUUUGAUCUCGUGGAGCGUGUUCCAGUGGAACGGAAAGCUGACAGGAUGGCAAUAUCUCUUUCUGAUCGAAGGAGCAAUGGGCGUCGCAGUCGGCGCGUGGGCCUUGCUCUGGCUUCCUCGAAGUGUGCAAUCCUCGCCAUUCUUCACCGAGGAACAAAAGAAAUGCGCCGGACAGCGAAUGGCGCUCGAGAAGGAAGACUUCUCCUGGGUGGAGGGUCUACAGGCACUGAAAGACUGGAAGAUUUGGGUGUUCGCAUUCUGUGCCCUGCUAUAUGGAGUUGGCGUUGCCAGCAGCUCUAACUUCCUCCCUGUUAUGAUCAAGCGUCUCACCGACGACGCCGUACAAGCAAACCUCUACACGAUCGGUCCCAACCUGACCGCAGCCGCCAUCCAGCUAACAACAUGCUACCUCUCGGACCUUACGCAACAGCGCGCCUGGUUCUCCAUCGGCCCCAUCAUCGUGUCUAUGAUCGGCUGGAUCCUCCUCGGCUCGCUGGACCUCGUCAAGCACGUCAAGGUCGGCUACUUCCUUACAUAUCUCAUCACGUUUGGAACCUUCACGCCCUCGCUGCUCGUGCCCGCGUGGGUAGGCACAAACACGCCGUCGACAUCCACGCGUGCCGUGUCCUUAGGCCUCCUUUCAAUGUUCCAGAAUCUCGGAGGGAUUGUGUCCUCGGGGGCGUAUAGAGCGCAGGAUGCGCCGAUCUACCGACCGGCAUUGACGACCGUGUUUGCGUGCCAGGCUGUCUUUGUGGUUAUUUGCUUCCUGAUGAGGAUUCAAUAUAAGCGAAUGAAUCAGCGGUUGGAUGCUGGCAUGUCGCUGGAGGAGCGGGAGAAGAUGCGUGGGAAAGCAGCGCCGGGAUUCCGCUAUAUGUUGUAG